CAAGUGACAUACCUCUCCGCACUCUGAUCUAACCAGACAUGCAGUCGUGUCUAUGAGGUUUCAUUCCAAGAGAGAAAGGCAGGGACGUUCAAAAGAUAUCAAUUCCCCUAGUGUGAUAAUGUGGGCAGCAGAAAAGUGGAAGGCUGGGCUUCACUUCCUCAUCGAGUCGUUUUAGUGGCUUUUGCCGUUUUUCCAGGGAUUAUCAUGGGAACAGCAGCGAACUGAAGGAACUAAACUGAUUGCUCUGCGGAGCCUAAUGGGAGCCACCUGAAAUUCGAUGAAAGAGUGUCCCACUCUGCCUCCGAGUUCCAGGACUUCUGCGCUGGGAUGUGCAGUGACCAGGUUAUGCAAAUCGAGUGCUCUGCUCUCCCUCAGAACACCUGCUCAUCCUGCUAUGCCCCGGAGAAUAAAAUGAAUUUCUCAGCAGAAAACCAGAAAGCUGGGCUACUCCUUAAGCCACAAAAUGAAUCCCUUGGACAAGCAGGUGACAUUGACAAUGGCAUAUUCCCCCACGGGAGCAGCGAGCUGGAGACCCUGUUCCUGGUAACCAUCCACGAGCCCACCACCAUCGCGCUCACUGUCAUGUACAUCUUGUCCUUCGUGGUGGGCUUUGUGGGUAACGUCAUGGCCAUCCACGUGCUGACCGGCCGCAGGAGCAAGCGCCUGUCCGGUGUGAGUGCCACCAGGAGCCUUCUGAUCAACCUGGCCGUAUGCGACCUGAUGGUGGUGCUUGUCUGUAUGCCCGUCACCCUGGGCCACAAGAUCUACACGGCAUGGGUGUAUGGUGACUUCUUGUGCCGCGCUGUGCCAUUCACACAGGCGGUGUCCGUGUCAGCCAGUGUCCUGAGCCUGACCGUCAUCAGCGUGAACCGCUACUACAGCGUGCACAGCCCGCUCAAUGCCCGCUCCUUCUUCACGCGCCGCAAGAUCGCCUGGACCAUCGUGGUGGUGUGGGUGCUCUCCUCGGCCAUGUGUUCGCCGCUGAUCUUCAUGAACCAGCGCGAUGAGAUCUCGUUGAUUGGCGACAUCGUGCUGCCCAUCUGCCGGGAGAUCUGGCCGUACCCGCGCCUCAAGCAGGUCUACAAUGUGCUCCUUUUCGUCACACUCUACUGCAUCCCGGUCACCUUCAACCUGGUCAUCAGCUUCCUGACGGGCAAGAAGCUGUGGUGGGCCUCGCGCAACUUUGCCGACUUCGACCCGCAGAGCCAGGCGCUGUACUCAUCGCGCCUGAAGAUGCGUAAGAAGAUUGCCAAGAUGGUGGUGGCCCUGGUGCUGCUGUUCGCCGUCUCCUGGCUGCCCUUGUACUUGGCCGACAUCUGGAUUGACCACGUGCAGCAUCCCCCGCACUGGGUCCUGCAGCUGCGGCCCUUUGCCCAGUGGCUGGGCCUGACCAACUCCAGCCUCAACCCCAUCUGCUACUGCUUCAUCGGCGACCUCUAUCGCUCGGCCAAGGUCAUCAAGAGCAAGUACCACCAUCGGCUCAUCUCGCUUCUUAGCUCCUCCUCCACCGCCAGCAGCAGCAGCAGCAUCCCCCGGAUGUUCUCCCUCCGGCGGCAGAAGUCGGGCCAGCGGUCGGGGAAGAUGACCCAGGUGUCCGAGGAGACCUUCUCGGAGUGGUGCUCUCACACCAGUGUGUAUGAGAACCCCAGUCAGAUGGUGUCUCUUCAGAGUCUCUCAGAAAAGACAGGGUCGAGAAGCACCUCUGACUUAACAAACCUGUAGGACGAGUCGGUUAGAGUGAUCAAAGCCUUGCUUUGCCCCCCCCCCUUUAGAAUCCAAAGGCCCUUGAACAGUGUGCUGCAUGAAAUCAGUGGUCGGUAUGAAGUGGUCCUUGGAGGAGCACGUGUUGUGGAGGUGCUAGUGUGUGACAAUUCUGAAAUUGUAUGCCAUUCGUUUGGUUGACAUAAAAUUUCCAGUGUCUGUGCUUUUUGGAGUGAACAAGGUGAAAGUGGAAAAUGGAAUGUUGUUCCUCAGCAAACCCACUUGCAGUGUGGAGAAUGUACUUUGUUAGUCUUGGCUAAAUGAGUGGAUCAAGUUUAAGUGAAUGUGAAAUGAACGGCUUGCAACAAGUAGAAAAAAGUGGAUUCAUCAUCCAAACAUCAACAACUGUAUCUUAUCCAAUUUUAGUCAUCAUUUUGAUCAAAUGUACUGUGUACACAGUAAAAAUCAUUAUGAAUAUUUAAUGUCAAAUUUUGUAUAUGAAAAAGCACUUGAUGUACUUCCAUUUGAACUGUUUACAACAUACACUUUGUCUUGAGUGUAAAACUAGUAAACACAAGUGUUUCAGGAUACAUGGUUUUAAUGUAGCAGUUGCAUUGUGCUGGUGCAGAUUUGUAUCCUAGCCAUCCUCUAACACAGGGCUGCAUGUGUUCGAUGUAGAAGGUCAGUGUGUGUGUGUGUGUUUACAGCCAUUAAGAUGCUGCUAACUGAGGCCGGGGGCCAGCUCGGGGCGAAACACAGGGUUAAUGGGAGCUAUGGUCUGGCUGGAUUGCAGCGAAUGGUUUUCUGUUGAGCUGAAAAUGACUCCUGUGGCAAUAUGUGCAAAGGGUUGGGAGUGACAUCUUUGACAGUGCAGUGCAUAAUUUAGGAUUGAAUGCACACUCUCAGAGCUGGCCAAUAGAUAUACAGUGUAGGCCUACCCUUGCAGACAAACGUGUUCAUCUUAAAAAAUGUGUUUAAUAUGGGCUUGGGUGCUUUUUGAGAUCCGGCUUCAUAUAUCUAAGCCUGAAAAAUGAUCUUAAAGACUAGCCAGUUCUGCCACAAGGAAUAUUUCAGUACAUUUUGCGAAAGUCAAGUGAAUAUUCCAUGUCUACAGUGUUGAUAUAAAUAAAACAUAGCAAUUCGAA